AUGGCUUCGAAGGUAAGGGCGCCCGGCUUUGAGGAAUUGGAGCGGCGACUGUCCGGGCCUUUCCCACCCCGGAGAAACUUGAUGCAGAUUGUGGAGGAGACCAAUUAUGAUCCUAAGCAUCAAUUUAAGCACAGAUUUGUCUUGCCGACUCCUCGGUUGGACUUUAGCAGCAUCUCCGUCCCGAUUGCCUUGAACGAAUUCCAUAUUCAUCUCGUUCUUUCCAAGGCCUUCACGAACUUCCAGCAUACAUAUUUGGAGAGGGCUUGUUUGAAUGUUGGAAAGAUGAGCCGACAGAGCUAUUAUUAUCGUGUAAAAGUUUCUGCCACACAUGACUUGUCAUAUAGUAUUGUAUAAUGGUUUUGUUUAACCCCUUGAUUUUUAUGUUUUUAGAUUAUUUCCAACCUGUAUAACAGCGAGGUCCAUACACGUAUGGAGCCAACCAAAGACGAAUAUACAGUAAGAAAUGUUUUUAUGACAGCGAAGGAAAAGACGAAUUGCGGCGAUGAUCCGAAGUUGUUUAUUCCAGAAGAAGGCAAAAAGCAGAAGUAAGCCGAGUUAUACAUAAAUUGUUCAUGUCUUUAGGAUGCUCCUGUGGCUCUACCUGAACCAGGAGGAGUUUAUGGAAUAUCUGAGCACGGGCUUUAUUAAAAAGGGAAGCAUCAACAACACCGAAAUGAUUAGGAAAUUUGGUGAGGGCAUUUGGGCCACUGAAUGUCUCACUGAUCUGGCUGGUCUGUGGAGGAAUCCAACCACGAGGGAACGGCUUGGCACUGUAAGGGCUUGUCGUUUCGGCGUACAUUUUAACUUGAUCUCUGUGUUUCAGAUGUAUUGUGUUUUAGUGGCUGUUGUCAUGAAAAACCUGUAUGAAGCAGGGGGCCGAUUUCCAACGUGGCCGGAGGAUAAAAGUUUUCCCAGCGAUUGCGAUGCACUUCGAGUUCAAGGAGAAUAUCGCCGAAUUGAUAACACUUGUUUUGUGAUGUAAGUUUGCUAAGUUGUUCAUGUAUUUGGUAUCUUUAGGAAAUUUGGAGAUGAAAAAUGGCCUUUGAGAAUGGGAAGACUUAGGAACACCAUGACUGUCGCCGGGACAUUGCACACGGUCUACAAGAUUAAAUCCCCUGGACAAAUGCGCGCCAUGCUCGUUGUGGAACUACAGCGGACAGGAGUGAAGCGGAUUGUUCCGGAGUUUCGCCAGGCACGCGAGAGUAAGAAGGACAAUUGGAUGGCGGAAAAAUUUUUCAAUAUUCCGCAUUUUACCCCUUGGCCCAAGGAGGAUGGAGCAGAGAGCCUCGUCUGA